CCGUCUAACCACUGAAUCGGACGUAAGUGAAGCUGAUUUUCAGUUAGCAAAUCCCAGUGUUCGUUAUAUUUUAUCAAUGACAUUACUGGUUGUAAGCCAAGUAACCUUGACAUAAAUUUUCAUUAUAAUUUGGAAAAGAAAAGCGAUCCCGAGUCUCUUUUUAUUUUUAUUUUUUCUGGUACAUUUUUUUUCUAUAUUUCUUAUCCUCUCGCGAACGAUGAUUUCCCCUUUUGAGAACCACCUUUAAACUUGAAGCCACGUGACCUUGUAGACGACCUCUAAUUCGCUAUACGUAUCAUCCGUUCUUGUUCGUGUUUUACGAUAACCCCUAAUACAUCGUUGACACGAUCGUGUUCAUCGUCGUCCAAGGUAGUGCAUUGAACACUUCGUCACCUCAAUUUCCCGUCGACUUGCUACUAGAAGCGGUAGUAAAGGAUUCUCGAAUCAUCCGAGAUUAUGAUACGAACAACGACUACUCUGCGUAAUGAAUUGGCACGCGCUAUACUGCGAAGUUCCGUGCGGACGAACAUCGUGAGGUCCAUGGUCAUACGAUGUCUUCACAGAAAACAUCUACAGAGAAUUCAGGUACACAAUACCUUGCGUUUUACGGUGACACCAUGGAAGCAACAAUUAAGGUUUUAUGCCGAUUAUCCAGACCAUAUCAGAGUACAACUUCCUGCACUGUCUCCUACCAUGGAAACAGGUACCAUUGUUAGUUGGCAAAAAAAGGAAGGAGAGAAGCUGAACGAAGGAGACUUACUUGCAGAAAUUGAAACUGAUAAAGCAACAAUGGGUUUUGAAACUCCAGAGGAAGGCUAUCUAGCAAAAAUUUUGGUACCUGCAGGAACAAAAAGUGUUCCUAUCGGCAAACUUGUUUGUAUAAUUGUUCCGGAUGCAGCUAGCGUGAAUGCUUUCAAGGAAUUUAAAGACGACGCUGCAGCUGCACCGCCGCCCGCUGCUGCACCAGCUGCUCCUACACCAUCCACUCCUCCCCCAUCUCCAGUAGCACCGGCACCACCAAUGGCAGCAAAACUGCCUACACCCUCCGGUGAUAGAAUAUAUGCUAGUCCAUUAGCUAAAAGACUCGCGAUUGAAAAAGGCCUUAGUUUACAGGGCUUAAAAGGAUCGGGAUUGUACGGAUCGAUAACAUCCAAAGAUUUGGAAGGUGCUGGACCAGCUCUUGCUGCCCAACCAGCAGCAGCUGCUGGUGCUGCAGGCAUUUCUGGAGGAGUAGAAAUUCCUGUAUCCAAUAUCCGAGCAGUAAUUGCCAAACGUCUACUAGAAAGCAAACAAACUAUCCCACAUUAUUAUUUAUCGAUAGAUGUAAAAAUGGAUGCAGCUCUAGAAAUGCGGGAACAGUUUAACAAGAUGUUAGAAAAAGAUAAAGUAAAGCUCAGUGUUAACGAUAUUAUUAUCAAAGGGAUGGCAAUGGCGUGUAAAAAAGUACCUGAGGGUAACAGCGCUUGGAUGGGCGAUGUCAUUAGACAAUACAACAAUGUCGAUGUAAGCGUAGCAGUAAGUACAGAGAACGGUCUAAUUACACCUAUAGUCUUUGGCGCGGACACGAAGGGUAUAGUUCAAAUUAGUAAAGAUGUGAAAGCAUUAGCCGCGAAAGCAAGGGAAGGAAAGUUACAGCCUCAAGAAUUUCAAGGUGGAACUAUCACUGUCUCGAAUCUAGGAAUGUUCGGCAUUAAAAACUUUUCUGCCAUUAUAAAUCCUCCUCAAUCCAUAAUCCUAGCUGUAGGUACCACUGAAACUAGGCUAGUACCCGACAAGAACGAAAAAGGAUUUACAACUGCUCAAUACAUGUCCGUCACUGCCAGCUGUGAUCAUCGAACCGUGGACGGCGCAGUGGGCGCACAAUGGUUAGCUGCCUUUAAGAGCCUAAUGGAAAAUCCGACAUCUAUGCUGUUGUAGUAAGUCUGAUCGUUAAAGUGUUCGGUGACGUAGUUUGAGUAAGCGCAAAUUAUACGAGAAAAUAUUAUUUUGUUCAGGUACAAGAGGUGACGAUGAGUGUCCUGUAUAUUUGUGUAUAGUACAAUAUUAAAUUGUGUAACUUUACGCAUUUGCAAAUCAUCGAUUUUUAAUAGAAUCCGAAUUAUAAGCGGCACAUUUUCUCUCAUGUACGCGAAAAGAUCAAUGCGUUCGUAAUCCAGGUGUCACAAAUAUCACUCGGUUGAGUUUCUUCCUCUCCUACUGUAGGAAUUUUAUACGUGGUUUUUCAGCAAACGUAACAUAAAAGACUGACCAUUCAGUUAUGUAUAAGCGAACUAACGCUAAUAAUUAUUUUGAAAACAUAUCGUUUCAUGAAAUUUUAAGAUCUUGUUAAUUAAGUUUCUUUGAAAAACCACAAUAAUUUUCCCCAGCAAUAGUAGUGGCCAUGUGUAAAUAUGUGUAUUUAUAAAAAUAAUAUUACGGUCAUCCUAUACUGCAAAGAAUUUAAUUUUUAAUUAGGGAAAAAUAGAAAAUGAAAUGUGUCAAAAUGUUUAUAGUGAACAUACAAAUAUACGUACAUACAAAUGUGUAUAUUAUAAGUAAUAAAUUAUAAUUUAUCAAGCUCAUUACCAUCUUUAUUACUUAAUUUGAACUUUGUAUAGACACGUAGGAUAAUAUUUUAGAGUGAAUAAUGUUACGCAAUAAUCGAUAGAGUAUGUGCAGUGUUUUAUCAGUGAAACAUUUUCUGAAAGAAGCAGCUGAUACGAUCAAAGCGCCACCUGAUCUUAGUUGUUACACAUGCUGUAAUUUCUAGUAAUCGAAUAAAAAAUCGCACAAGCCUCAAUUUGAUAAUUUCCAAUUGUUUUAGAAAAUUGUUUAAAAGUAUUUUAAAAAUAAAUAAGAAACUAAAAAAGUAAAGGAUGCUAAAAAGGAAAUCUUGACUCGA